AGAGCCACAACAUAAACACCAUUGUCCCGGCCUCGAGUCCUUUAAGUGAAUUGCCUCAAAAAUGUUUUUUAAGAAAUCUGAUUUCAUUACCUGCAAAUUUGCUGCAAAUUUGAAUGUGUUUUUUUCUCUAACGGGGCGAGUGGGAGAUUUGUUAAAUGAACAAGUUGUAAAUACGUUUAUUGUGUGUUUUUUGUGUCUGGAGGCAGAGAACCAAUGGUAUUGUGGGGCUGAAGUCUCGGCGACGGCGACGGCGCUCCCAUUGGCCGCUCGCAGUUAUUAGUGAUAGCGUCGCGCGUUUCAUGUCUGUUGAACAGCGUUGAGCUAACUGGCGCCACCGGAGACAUGCCAUAGUUUCAGUAAUACGAAAAGUCACUGAGGCUUUGCAUUUCACCGCCACCCGCGACCUACACCCCCCUCGCUCCCUCCCCUCGCUCCCUCCCCUCCUGUUUGAGUUCAAAAUAAAUGGAACUCAUCUGUUUAAAAACUAGUCAUAGGUGACGUCUUAUCUCUGCUACAACCCGGGAGUUGAGUGCGAUCAACUAUUUUUUUUAAUGAAACUUGUGUAGACCGUAGACGGCGGGACAAUCUUCUGUGGGGCACUCGCGGGACAAGAGGGAAGUUCGGUUUGUGCUGGCGUAACGCUGACCGCUUUUGGGGAAGAAAUUCCAGGCCCCUCCAUGGAAAUCGCCACGGACCAGGCGCGUUGGGUUUCUCACCACGCCGUGUUGAAUGGGCAGCACCCGGACAGUCACCACCCCAGCCUGUCCCACAACUACAUGGAACCCACGCAGCUCCUGCCGCCCGAUGAAGUCGACGUGUUCUUCAACCAUCUGGAUGGUCAGGGCAACCCGGUCUCCCCGUAUUACAGCAGCUCCCCGCACGCCCGCGCCACCGUCUCCUACCGCCAGGCUCACGCGCGUCUGUCGGGGGGACAAGUUUGCGGGCCGCAUCUUCUGCACAGCCCAACCAUCUCGUGGCUUGAUAGCGGCAAAGCUCUCUCGGCUCAUCACCACCACCACCACCACCACAACGCCGCGGCCUGGGCAGUCAGCCCCUUCUCCAAAGGGCCACUCCACCCGGCCGGCCCGAGCGGCCUCAGCGUCUACUCCGGCGGCACCUCGGCCUCGAGUCUCUCGGCGGCGGCAGCGGCGGCAGCAGCGGCGGCCGGACACCCCAGUCCGCACCACCUCUUCACCUUCCCACCCACUCCUCCCAAGGACGUGUCUCCAGAUCUGGGUGGUCACAAUUCGGUGUCUCCGUCCAGCUCGGCGGCGGCGGCAGCGGCGGCGGCAAAUGCAGCAGGUCGGCAAGAUGAUAAGGAAUCCAUUAAGUAUCAUGUAUCUUUGGCAGAGAGUAUGAAACUGGAAUGUUCUAGAAGUUCUAUGCCAUCGCUCGGAACCAGCGCGACUUCCACCCACCACCCUAUCCCUACUUACCCUUCCUAUGUACACGGUGUUCACGAAUGCAGCAACAGUCUCUUCCAUCAUAACGGGCUCCUGGCAGGCGCCUCCUCUAAUUUCACACCUAAAUCCAGGAGCAAAACACGCUCAUGUGCCGAGGGCCGGGAGUGCGUUAAUUGUGGCGCCACCUCCACUCCGCUCUGGAGGAGAGAUGGGACGGGACAUUACCUGUGCAACGCCUGUGGUCUUUACCAUAAGAUGAAUGGCCAGAACAGACCCCUCAUUAAACCCAAGAGAAGAUUGUCAGCAGCCCGGAGAGCGGGAACAUCAUGUGCUAACUGUCAGACCACAACCACAACUUUAUGGCGGAGGAAUGCCAACGGCGACCCGGUGUGUAACGCCUGUGGCCUCUACUUCAAACUACACAAUGUCAAUCGGCCCUUGACCAUGAAGAAGGAGGGGAUUCAGACACGCAACCGCAAAAUGUCGAGCAAGUCGAAAAAGAGCAAGAGGAUAUCGGAUGGUUUUGAGGAAUUGUCCAAGUGCAUGCAAGACAAGGCGUCCUCCUUCAGCCUGGCGGGUCACAUGCAGCACAUGGGGCACCACCUGCAAUCCUUCAGCCACCCAGGCCACAUGUUGCCCACUCCCACCCCCAUCCACCCCUCGUCCAGUCUCUCAUUCGGGCACCCUCACCCCUCCAGCAUGGUGACUGCCAUGGGCUAGAAGCAGCCACAUGCCCCUCGGGCAACGAGGAGAAGAGGACGGGAGAGAAGCAUUGGAUGAGAAGAAGGAGUAGUUAUUAUUUUGUUGGCCACGACCUUUUACCCAAAGCGUGGGAGUCGCAGGGUUGCAUGUGGCUCCCCUGUGGACCUCACGGGAGGCAAGACCUGCGCUGACCCCAACAGCAUUUUAUCGCCUGCCACAUGAAAGCACCCAGGGGUCGCCAGUCGCUUGGUUCGGACUGGAGGACACGGGGAGGAGCGGCACCAGGAUCUCGUUAAACGACUUUUGUUCUUGCUGUUGAUGUGAAUAUUGUAAAUCAGAGAAUCUGGGAUAAAUGGAUUGCAAAAACCUGAUAGCUUAUGCUGGAUUUCUUUUCUUACUUUCAUUUAAAAAAAACACACAAAAAAAAAAGAUUAAGCGAAGCCACUUAACUUUGAAGUUGUAUUUCUUUUCAUUUGAAUUCUUUUAAUUAUUUCAUGUUGUGCAGAUAUUUUAUCUCAUUUUACGGGAAGGUUUUUUGUGCUGACUCUGGGCUUUUGUUAUUGGGGCUGGGGGCAAGAUUAAAGGGAAGAUAGAUUGUUGUUUCUUGCAUGGUUAGGGUAGCGUGGUGAAUGAUUGUUGGCUUCAGUCACUGGUUUGUAUUCGGUUAACAGACGAUUGGGGAACUGAGGGACGCUAGUUACUAGGAUAACUCAAUCCCAACGCCACCUCCCUUACCCCCUCAAGAGUCAAGAGUAUUAAAUUGUCAUAUGUACUGACAAAGGAACAAUGAAAUUCUUACUUGCAGCAGCAUGAUAGGCCUGUAUACAAUACACACAUAAUAUAUAAUAAAAAAUCAAUAAAUUAAUAACCACAAUAUUAGUGCAAAAAACUGAAGUCUGUAGUGCAACCAAAGACACAGU